AUGCCACGAACACACCAAUGUACGGGAAGCGAAAGCCACGAACACACUUCUGUACGGGAAGCGAAAGCCACGAACACACCACUGUACGGGAAGCGAAUACCACGAACACACCACUGUACGGGAAGCAAAUGCCACGAACACACCACUGUACGAGAAGCGAAUGCCACGAACACACCACUGUACGGGAUACGAAAGCAACCAAUACACCACUGUACGGGAAGCGAAAGUCACGAACACACCACUGUACGGAAAGCGAAUGCCACUUACACAACACUGUACGGGAAGCGAAAGCCACGAACACACCACUGUUCGGGAUACGAAAGCCACUUACACACCACUGUACGGGAAGCAAAUGCCACGAACACACCAAUGGACGGGAUACGAAAGCCACCAACACCCCAGUGUAUGGGAAGUGGAUGCCACGUACACACCAAUGUACGGGAAGCGAAUGCCACGAACACACCACUGUAUGGGAAGCGAAUGCCACGAACACACCAAUGUACCAGAUACGAAUACCAAGCGAAUGCUACGAACACACCAAUGUACGAGAUAUCAAUGCCACGAACAAACAGCUGUGCGGGUUAUGAAUGCCAAGUACACACCACUGUAAGGGAUAUGAAUGCCACGAUCACACAACUGUACGAGAUAUGA